AUUCUUUUCACCCCCUCUUCUCCCUCCUCCCUUUUUUCUUUUCCGCCCGCCUUUCGCUCCUCCCCCUUCCCAUGCGCUCGACCGCGCGCGCCGGCCCGGCUUCUCGCGCGCUGAGCCUUUUUACCCCAUCCUGCCUGCUGGCCUUGCGGUCUCUCUCACUCCCCCCCCCCCAGCCGCCCAUUCCAUCCCAGGCCUUUCUCCUGCCGUGGCUUUGUGGGCGCGCGCCGCCUCCCUGCCUCUGACGUCAGCGGAGCGGCUAUUAAAGCAAAUGAAGUACAUUCUGGUAACGGGUGGUGUUAUCUCUGGCAUUGGGAAAGGGAUCAUUGCCAGCAGCGUUGGGACAAUUCUCAAAUCAUGUGGAUUGCACGUCACUUCCAUUAAAAUUGACCCAUACAUUAAUAUUGACGCAGGCACUUUCUCACCUUAUGAGCAUGGUGAAGUAUUUGUAUUAGAUGAUGGAGGGGAAGUGGAUUUGGAUCUGGGUAACUAUGAACGCUUUCUUGAUAUCCGACUCACCAAAGACAAUAACUUGACCACUGGGAAGAUCUAUCAGUAUGUUAUCAACAAAGAAAGGAAGGGAGACUACCUGGGCAAAACCGUUCAAGUUGUACCCCACAUUACAGAUGCUAUCCAGGAGUGGGUAAUGAGGCAGGCACGAAUCCCUGUAGAUGAAGAUGGCAUAGAACCUCAAGUCUGUGUGAUUGAGCUUGGAGGAACUGUAGGAGACAUUGAAAGCAUGCCCUUCAUUGAGGCAUUCCGCCAAUUUCAGUUCAAAGUCAAGCGAGAGAACUUCUGUAAUAUUCACGUCAGUCUGGUACCCCAGCCAAGUUCUACAGGAGAGCAGAAGACAAAACCCACCCAGAAUAGUGUUCGUGAACUCCGGGGUCUUGGUCUCUCACCAGAUCUGAUUGUGUGCAGGUGCUCCACACCUCUAGAUACCUCAGUCAAAGAGAAGAUUUCCAUGUUUUGCCAUGUGGAACCAGAACAGGUCAUUUGUGUUCAUGAUGUCUCUUCUAUUUAUCGGGUCCCUCUGUUGCUAGAGGAGCAAGGUGUCGUUGAUUACUUCCUACACAGACUUGACCUUCCCAUUGAGAAGCAGCCUAGGAGAAUGCUCAUGAAGUGGAAGGAGAUGGCUGACAGAUAUGAUCGUUUGUUGGAAACCUGCUCCAUUGCUCUUGUUGGCAAAUACACAAAGUUUUCCGAUUCCUAUGCUUCUGUCAUCAAAGCUUUGGAGCAUUCUGCCUUGGCUAUUAAUCACAAGCUUGAAAUCAAGUACAUUGAUUCUGCUGACUUGGAGCCAGCUACUUUACAAGAGGAGCCAGUCCGAUACCAUGAGGCCUGGCAAAAACUUUGUAGUGCUGAUGGAGUGCUGGUUCCAGGUGGGUUUGGUGUUCGAGGGACAGAAGGGAAGAUACAAGCAAUUUCUUGGGCAAGGAAACAGAAAAAGCCCUUCUUAGGAGUCUGCUUGGGAAUGCAGCUAGCAGUUGUGGAGUUUGCACGCAAAGUCUUGGGCUGGCAAGAUGCCAACUCUACAGAAUUUGACCCCAAAACUACACAUCCAGUGGUAAUAGACAUGCCGGAACAUAAUCCUGGUCAAAUGGGUGGAACUAUGAGGCUUGGCAAAAGGAGAACAAUUUUCCAGACCACAAACUCACUCAUGAGAAAACUGUAUGGUGAUAGUGACUACUUGGAAGAGAGGCAUAGACACAGGUUUGAGGUGAAUCCAGAGUUGAAAAACACCUUUGAAGAAAAAGGUAUGAAGUUUGUGGGCCAGGAUGUUGAAGGCGAGCGAAUGGAGGUGGUUGAACUAGAAGACCAUCCAUUUUUUGUUGGUGUUCAGUAUCAUCCAGAGUUCCUCUCCAGACCCAUCAAGCCAUCUCCCCCUUACUUUGGCCUCCUCCUGGCUUCUGCAGGGAGGCUCACACAUUACCUACAGAAAGGUUGCAGACUCUCCCCCAGGGAUACAUAUAGUGACAGAAGUGGGAGUAGUUCACCGGAUUCUGAGAUCACAGAACUGAAGUUCACAACUGUGAAUCAUGAAUAGUUGCUGGUAUGCUUCACUAUGAGAAGAUCCUCCAUUGAACUUUCCAGGCAACCUUAUAGCAAUAGUUGGACUGCUGAAGUCUCUUAAAUCAUGUUGUCAUAAUUUUUAUUUUGAGAAAUCAUGCCACUCCUUUUUUGUUCGUUUAAAUCUAUUUUGUUACAUUUUAAUCUGAGAAGCGAACACUGUAGUGCCUACUGAUGUGCAGUCUUGAAGCCCAGAAUCUGAGGAAGGAGUGGGACAGAUUCGCAACGGAUCACAAUCCAGAUUUUGGAUUUCCGAGGGGGCUUGAAAAGCCAUUGUACUAGUCAUAAGCACUGCCAGAAAAAAAAUUCUCUUCAGGCUUUGUUUGUGUUUCCAUUAUGGGAGUUUAAGUUGUGAUGUUUGCCCUCUUAAUGGAUUGUGAGAUGUGAGUGUAGAGCAGAGCGACUUAACCUUACAAUGUGACCCGUAUAGGUAUUUAAAACAAAGUGAUGAAUUUGGUGCUUCAGUGCUACCUCCAAACCUCUGUUCCAGGAGUCUCAUUUUCCUGCUCAUGAAACAUGGGAGUCUUUGGCUAACUCUGGUCUGAAACAGGUCACGUCAUGCUGCAGUGAUUAUAAAUAACAUGUGAGUGUGCAACAUUCCCCCCUAUUUUAAAAGCUUAAGUGAGGGAGGGGUUAUUUUUAAAGUCCUGCUUCCUGGACUGCUAUUACUCCUUGCAUCAAGGGGGCUGUGUACACAAGAAAGUGACUUUUCAGAAGCUGCCUUUGCAACUCUCACUGAGAGAUCUGCCUUGGACUAGAAGUUCUGAGGUCCUUAUUUUUGUAAGGGAGGCCCUCUUGAUUUUAUUUUUGCUCCGCUGGGAAUAUAUCUGCAUGUAAAUAUGCCCCACAUGCAAAUGUGUGGCUCCAUAUAGUUCCAGUUUCUAUUGGGGGAAUUCACCAAUAUAUUUGUGGUAUUUGUUACAACCUGUAUGGGAAUUAAAAGAUCAUGCCAGACCUCCAGCAGUGGUAGGAACUGUGUGAAUCAAGUGUUUUGUAAUCUUGCCUCUUGCCAGUGUUAAGCCAUAAACUGCGUGUUAGGAGAAAAUAUAUAUUAUUUUUUGCUAUAAAAUGUACCAUAUGUCCAAGUACUCUUCAGUUCUUUAACACUUGAGAAAAACAAUUUUGAGUCUUUGUUCUGGUCAUCUAUUAACUUUGGUGGAGCUUAAAGGCUGUUUCCCCGCCUUUCUCUUUUAUUAACAAAUAUGACCUCUCUCUAGAUUAUAUCUUCUUUGUACUUC